AGUCACAUGUCGUCAAAGUUACAAAAGUUGAUGGAUGAUCGUGGAAUCAAUGGGGAGGAAACAAAAAUGGCCGACCGGAACAGAAGCUAUAAUACAGAAAAACAAGAUUUUGAUGGAUGGAAAGUUUUGUAAAACGAUUCCUAUCGGUUGAAAUUGAUCACGUGCUGGUUUGAUACAAAAGGAGCCACUGGUUUUUCCAGAUUUAUCGACGAUCGAAUAUCUGAAAAAUAGAAUCCGAGAGUGAAAGUUUCGAUACCAAACUCUUGUCGUUUAGUACACGUCAAGUUAGACACGUUCAUGGCGAAUACGUGAUCAAAAUGAUAUUGCACAGCUCAUGUUUAAUUGGUAUAAAACAAUGCAGAUGUAGUCGAUUUUGAUUAGUAGCUAAUCAGCAACGCAACCUGGUACAUCUCUGAAAAGGUAACCUCUGUACAAGAGAAAAUGGCAUCAUUUCAUUUAAUUACGUUAAUUAUCGUUGUAAUGGCUUAUUCGUCGUCUGCAUUGAUCGACAUCAAUAAAUGUAUUUCGUAUCGUUACUUGCCCUGUAUCGACGGUAAGAGUCAAGAUCCUACCCUCAUAUCCAAGGAUGAAACUAUCAUCAAAUACAACGUGUCCACGUGCAUUGUCUACCAAUACGUCCCGUGCCGGGACGGUUUGAAGAGUUUGUCCCUGAUGUACAACAAUGCCAGCAAAGGCGUUGACCAGUCGACCAGCUGCCAGAGCAAAACGGCCCUGGCCACCGCCUUGCUGAACAAAACUUACUGCGAAUCUAAUUUAACCAGCUGCCUGGGUCAGAAAGAUAACGUCAUCAACGAAUUGAAGAACAUGGCAAACGAUUGGGAGAUUCAAAAAUCCAAGUUCAUCCGCGAGAAGAAAUUCCUGUCCGAUUACAUGGUGUCCGUUUGGGACACCAGGAUCAUCGAUGAAGAAGACGAAAAAGCCAAGCCCAUCCAGGACCGAAUGCAAGACUACAUUCGUUAUUCGGUGGCCCGUUUGGGUCUACGCGAAUUGGUCAACGUUCCACCACUCAAACCAGCUUACGGCGUCGUUUACAACGACAUUCUAUCGUUCAAGUAUCCCAUCAACGUCCCUGGGUGUAACGGGGCGGCAACGUCCAGUUUGCCCAGUUUAGCGCCCAGUUUGUUUGUGGCCGUCUCGGGAGUGGCAUCAACCGACAUGAACAACCAGAAAAGACGCGACGAAAUUCGAACCCUUUUCAACAAGGAAAUCCCAGACCUGAAUAAACAUCUCUUCAGUUCAAUCAAUUUCGCAUUCUUCCUGGGCCAACCGGUAGAUGUUGGCAACCAAAAUCUCGUCGACCAGGAGAGCGCCAAGAAUAAAGAUGUCAUCCAGGUGGACAUGAUCGACAAUGGCAAGAACGACUCGAUGAAAAUGGCCGCCAUCUUUAAUUGGGUUCGGCAAUACUGCAGCAACGUGGACGUCGUUUUCAAGAUGGACGAGAAUUUCAAAAUCGCAACGUUGAAGAAACUCGGUAAGGCGUUGACGGAAAUGCGUAUUCCCGGCACUUUUGUCUACGGCGUCAGGGGAGACAUUCGCCCACAACGAGAAGAGGGGAAAAGGAUGAUUACAAUGGAGGAAUUUCCCUGGACAACUUUCCCUUCGUAUUUAAACGGAUUGGCUUAUUUCAUCACCGGCAAUAUGAUCGAACCUUUAAUGGCGGCCUUCCAGACUGUUCCCAUGCUUCCAUUGGAAGACGUUUAUUUGGGCAUUUGCAUCAUCAAAUCCGGCAUGAAGAGAUAUACUUAUUGUGGAAGGGACCUUGACUCCAGUUCAUGUUUUUAAACUCUCCUUGCGUU